AUUACCCUGCCAAAGCCCUCCUCUCUGCUCACACUCCCUAUAAGUAGCAGGGUACCAGCACUGCCCUCAGCAGCACCCAGCUCCUCUCCUCCAGCUCUCUCCAGCCUUGCUCACAUCCCAGCUCGUCUCCAGCCAUGAGGUUCAUCUGCCUCGUCUUCGUUGCCCUCCUGCUGGUCUCCCUGGCUGCCCCAGGAUAUGGGCUGUUUUUGAAGCACUGCCCGGAGAAGAUCGGUCGCUGCUCCGCCAAGUGCUCCAAAGCAGAGGUCUCGGCCACCUCCCCCAACUGCAAGGGGCAUUGCUGCCUGCCUGCCGGCUGGAAGAAGUGGAUCUAAGUGCUGAGGAGGAGCCCCUGGGGGAGAGGAGGCACAGCGGUGGCUUUGGGAGCAGCUUCUCCAUGCUCUGACCCAUGUGUCAUCCCCUCCUCUCUAUAAAUAAAAGGAGAAAAAAAAGAUGUAA